GCCGUAAAAGUGACGUAAAGUUGGCGUAAAACGUCACAUUGCUGCUGUGUUUGUGUGUCGAUGUGCUACAGCUCUCUAGCUAACCAAGUCAUUUCGUCUGGAUCCCCUGAAUCAGGUAGAUCGUCGUCCAGACACGUGUCGGCUGCUGGUCAGGCAUGAAGAUGAGGAAGCGCCCGAACGUUCUGCUAACAGGAACCCCUGGUGUUGGAAAGACCACUUUAGGAAAGGAAGUAGCCCAGCGAACAGAGCUGACUUAUGUCAACAUCGGAGACCUUGCUCAAGAAGGACAACUUUAUGAUGGUUAUGACGAAGAGUAUAAGUGCCCAAUUUUAGAUGAGGACCGGGUGGUGGAUGAACUGGAUGAAAAGAUGGUAGAAGGUGGUGUGAUUAUUGACUAUCAUGGCUGUGACCUGUUUCCUGAACGCUGGUUUCAUAUUGUCUUUGUCCUGCGAACAGACAACACUCAGCUGUACACACGGUUGGAGAGCAGGGGUUACACAGGGAAGAAGCUGCAGGACAACGUGCAGUGUGAGAUCUUCCAGACCAUCUAUGAGGAAGCCAUUGAAGCUUACAGUGAAGAUAUUGUCCACCAACUGCCCAGCAACACUCCUGAAGACCUUGAUCGCAACCUGGAGCAGAUAGUGCAGUGGACUGAGCAGUGGAUGAAGGACCAUAACUAGGAGCUGAACCCUAACUGCUCACUUCCAGGGGCAGGACUAUCAACAAAUGUUAUUUGGACGAUUAAGCAUGAAUUGUUGUUAUUUUCAUAAGUUUGACAUCAUGGAGACUAUUGAUAUGUUAAAAAGUACAACAUGUAAGAAGACAGAUGUUUGUAAUAAAAUGCACAAAAAAAGGCAGAGAGAAAACAGAGUCUGACUCUAAAAAGGAAAUAAAAAACUAUAUUUUGGAUUUGC